AUGUCCUCGACGCUGCACACCAUUCCAUUCAAUCCGCAACCACGGACCGACGAGGGGGACUCAGACCCGUGUUGGGUACGUGAACGUCGCCAGGACAUGAUACGAAGCUACUUGAAUAGCGGAAUAGACAAGGCAUCCGACGGCGCGCAAACGCGGAUGCGAUAUGCUCCACGUUGCUACGCCUCCGACAUCGUCAUCAAGGGCGGUCAGAAGAUUGUCGGGUGGCCGUCGAUGAUCCCGUUCACAGACCUCGCCAACAUCCGUGGCGGCUCCUUGAUGCUCGCCGAGCUUCAUCGGCGGUGCCUUCUGCCGGAUUGGCACCCCGACAAGCUUCGCUUCGAACCCACAUCGCACGAGGACCAAGUCAACGCCGCCCGUGAUCCUGAGAGCAUCCACCCUACCCCUCAUCUCCUGCCGGCGCUGAAGGUGAAGGCAGCGGAAGCCGCCGCCGCUAGAGUAGCUGCUCGGACCAGAGCCGCCGCUCGUGCAAGAUACUACCACCCGCGCAACAUGCAGUAUGUCGGCCGCCCGUCGACAUCAAAGUCGAAGAUCCAGAGGGGCCAGCGGCGGGAUACCAAGAAGCGGCGAGCACGGGCUUCAGACGCAGACCCUAGGGUGCGCAGGAAGCGGCCGAGGCGCGGCAUCACAAGCAUGCCCUUCGUGCUCCCAGGGUCAGAUGGUACCAGCGGUGGCAGCGGCGGCGAGCCGGCAUCGAAGCGGGAGGAGGUCGAGGAGUAUGCACUGGACGAUGACAUCACUCAGUUCGACUUAUCGCCCGAGUUCGACAGCGAGCUCACCGAUCCCGACCCAAUCGAGUCUACAUCUAGAUUGGGGAGCGAAGAGGAGGUGGACUGA